AUGCUCAACUAUUCUACUCAGUCUCUCCUCUCCGCAUCUGCAGCUGCUAACAUUAACGUUUCAACUGGUCAGCCCCCUCGUCCCGAUCGACUCCGCGUUGAGAUAGAUCUGCCGGGCAUCGAGACGGUUGCCUGCCUUGAUCUAGAUAUCUCAGAGACUCGAUUUCGCCUUCAAGUUUGUUUUUCUUAUACCGAUUCCCUCUUAUCCUUUUCCUUCUAG